AAUAUUAUUAAUUCCAUUCUUUUACUCUUCUUCUCCAAACCAAUUACACAAACAGAAACUUUCUUCAGAGGCAUUUCAUCGAACACAUGGGAGACAGGCAACCGCAACUAAACGGUGCGUAUUACGGGCCGUCGAUUCCUCCGCCGACGAAAACCUCCCGCAGCCACGGCAGACGCGGCGGUGGAUGCGGCUGUUUAGGUGACUGUCUUGGCUGUUGCGGCUGCUGCAUCCUAAGCGUCAUCUUCAACAUCAUCAUAACCCUUGUCAUCAUCGUUGGCAUAGCCGCCUUGAUCAUCUGGCUAAUUUUCCGACCCAACGCGAUCAAAUUCCACGUCACCGACGCCAAGCUCACCCAAUUCACCCUCGGCGCAGACAACAACCUCCGAUACAAUCUCGACCUCAAUUUCACGAUCCGAAACCCUAAUCGACGAAUCGGUAUCUACUAUGACCAGAUCGAGGUCAGAGGCUACUACGGAGAUCAGCGAUUCGGCUCCAGCAACGUCUCGCCGUUCUACCAGGGCAAAAAGAACACGACGGAGAUCGGAACUAAACUCGCGGGACAGAGCUUGGUGCUGCUUACCGGCGGAGAGCGGCGGGAUCUGGACGAGGACUUGAAGUCGGAGAUCUAUAGGAUCGAUGCGAAGCUGAGACUUAGGGUUAGGUUUAAGUUCGGGUUGAUCAAAUCGUGGAAGUUCAAGCCGAAGAUCAGGUGCGAUCUUAAGGUUCCUCUCGGUAACGCUAAUACAACCAGCGGGUUUCAGUUCCAGCCGACCAAGUGUGACGUUGACUUUUGAUUCUAGUCAAAGUCAAUGCUAUUUGUCUCCGCAUUUAUUCAUAUACACUGUUAUUUUUUUUAUUUUAGUUUAUUGGGUUUAGAUUGUUUUCUUGAUUAUUUUCAUACAUUGGACCUUCUGUGAUUAUAUGUCGGAGAGAUUUAUGCCUUAUCUUAUCUUUAUUGUACGGUUCCAUACUUCCAUGUAAAUAAAUAAUAAAUAUUUGAGAUUUA